CAGCGAUACUAACAACAACAAAUCUGCAGGAGCAAUUCCUCCUUGGAUCCCCAGCACAGCCAUUCGAGGGCCAUGUGUAGCCAGGGAGUCGGCCGCUUACCCGGCAACAGCGCGACGCUAUGCUACCUUAUCCUAGUUCGACCCGUCGGCAUCGCCCAGCAAUGUUUCCUCCUCUCGGCUCGCGGCCACCGGGCCAGGAACCAUUACCAAGAUCCAUUUGGGCGCUGAUCCAACCACUGCCUAAAGCACUUCAAGCGCCGCCUGGAGAGCUUGCUACCUCGAGGCUAAGACGAAAGGAACCCAGCCUGUUGGCCCACGCCAUGCAGCGCACGGGUAUGCGUUGCAAGCUUGCAGCGGCCUUGUGCACUGAUCCUUUUCCCUCCGCACCACCGCCCAUCAACCGGCCCCCAAAGUCUCGCCGCCAUCCUCCCUUCAGCGCUUCUGGAGUCUCGAACGAAUCCGAGUCAUCGACUAAGCAAGCCAGUUCGGAUGAGAUGGACGGCGGGGGCACGCGGCGCUCGGUACCUGCGUCCGUUUAUGUUUUUAACAUUACAGGCGCGGAAGUAGCGCAAGGCACAGUGGUCCAGGACAAAGCUAUCAAGACGCUUCUCUGCUCGCGGUAGGCAUCAUCAGUCCGUCACGCCCACCCACGUAGCCUCGCUGGUUACCAGUCUCAACUACUCGUUAUGGACAGUGUUCCUCCGCGGACCGUGUCGUCUUCCUACGAUCAACAAGUCUCGUCUCUCGUCAGCGGAUCAUCCCCAGCACAUAU